CGGCGGGUCUCGGCGAGGUCAGGGAGGGGCGGUCCGGAAGGGCACGCGCCGGGGCUGGCUGUCGAGCUUGGAGGACAGUGGGACCUGCCGCCCUCCGGCCGGCCUCCCUACUGAGUGACUGCGGCCACGAUGGGCCGGAAGGUGACCGUAGCCACCUGCGCCCUCAACCAGUGGGCCCUGGACUUCGAGGGCAAUUUACAAAGAAUUUUAAAGAGUAUUGAAAUUGCUAAAAACAGAGGAGCAAGAUACAGGCUUGGACCUGAGCUGGAAAUCUGUGGCUACGGGUGUUGGGACCACUACUACGAGUCGGACACCCUCCUGCAUUCGCUCCAAGUGCUGGCGGCCCUCCUGGUGUCUCCGGUCACCCAGGACAUCAUCUUCCUGCUCAUCAGACCCAAGAUGGCCCUGGCCAACGAGGCCAACUACCGGGAGCUGCGCUGGUUCACCCCGUGGUCCAGGAGCCGGCACACAGAGGAGUACUUCCUCCCUCGGAUGCUGCAGGACCUGACUCAGCAGGAGACGGUGCCGUUUGGAGACGCGGUACUGGCCACCCAGGACACCUGCAUUGGGAGCGAGAUCUGCGAGGAGCUCUGGACACCACACAGCCCACACGUGGACAUGGGCCUGGACGGCGUGGAGAUCAUCACCAACGCCUCGGGCAGCCACCAUGUCCUGCGCAAAGCCCACGCCAGGGUGGACCUGGUGACCAUGGCCACCACCAAGAACGGCGGGAUCUACCUGUUGGCCAACCAGAAGGGCUGCGAUGGGGACCGGCUGUACUACGACGGCUGUGCCCUGAUCGCCAUGAACGGGGGCAUCUUCGCCCAGGGCUCCCAGUUCUCGCUGGACGACGUGGAGGUGCUGACGGCCACCCUGGACCUGGAGGACGUCAGGAGCUACAGGGCAGAGAUCUCCUCCCGAAACCUGGCGGCCAGCAGGGUGAGCCCCUAUCCCAGAGUGAAGGUGGACUUUGCCCUCUCGGGCCACGAGGACCUGCUGCAGCCCGUGUCUGAGCCCCUGGAGUGGAGAUACCACAGGCCCGAGGAGGAGAUAAGCCUGGGACCCGCCUGCUGGCUCUGGGAUUUCUUGAGGCGAAGCCACCAGGCCGGGUUUCUCCUGCCCCUGAGCGGUGGCGUGGACAGUGCGGCCACUGCCUGCCUCGUCUACUCCAUGUGCUACCAGGUCUGCGAGGCCGUGAGGGACGGAAAUCAGGAAGUGCUGGCCGAUGUCCAGGCCCUCUUGAGCCAGAACAGCUACAUCCCCCAGGACCCCCGGGAGCUCUGUGGGCGCCUGCUGACCACCUGCUACAUGGCCAGCGAGAACUCCUCCCAGGAGACCUGCAGCAGGCCACCCACGCGGGUCCCUUCUCCUUCCAGCCACCACAUCAGCCUCAACAUGGACCCAGCUGUGACGGCCAUCUUGGGCAUCUUCCGCUUGGUGACGGGGAAAAGUCCUCUAUUUGCAGUUCAUGGAGGAAGCAGCAGGGAAAACCUGGCCCUGCAGAAUGUGCAGGUGACUCCACUUCUGGGCUGUUGUCCCCAGAGGGGAGUGGGGCACAGGGAGCCCUGGGGACUGCUGGUGCUGGGGUCAGUAGCCUUGUGCCUCGCUGGAGAUACUGACCACACAGGCACGAGGACACUGUGUGUCCCUGCCUCCCCGCCCCCUCUCUCCUGCAGCCUCCUCGGCUACCUCACCAAGUACGACUGCUCCAGCGCAGACCUCAACCCCGUAGGGGGGAUCAGCAAGAUGGACCUGAGGGCCUUCGUCCAGUUCUGCAUGGAGCGCUUCCGGCUCCCCGCCCUGCAGGGGUGAGUGUGCGCCACCCACCGCGCCACAGCGCCUGCUCCUGAGCCACUUGGGCCUUGCCAACCCAGCCCAGGUGACCUUUGCCCUCUGCAGGAGGACAUGGGGAUGACUUAUGCGGAGCUCUCCGUGUUCGGGCGGCUCAGGAAGAUCGCCAAGAUGGGCCCCUACAGCAUGUUCUGCAAGCUGCUCAACGUGUGGAGAGACACCUGCACACCUCGGCAGGUGGCCGACAAGGUGAAGCGGUUUUUCUCGAGGUACUCCAUGAACAGGCACAAGAUGACCACGCUCACACCCGCUUACCACGCGGAGAACUACAGCCCUGACGACAACAGGUUCGACCUGCGGCCCUUCCUGUACAACACGCGCUGGCCCUGGCAGUUCCGGUGCAUAGAGGACCAGGUCCUGCAGCUGGAGAAGAGAGCACAGAAGGACCUCGACGGCGUGGACUGACGGACAGCGCCUGCCGGAGGCCUCCCUCCCCGCGGCUCACUGUGACGCUGGCAUCACCGUGACCAAGGACAGGGACACUCCCCACCUGGAGCCACUUGGCAAAUCAGCCUUGAUCGUUUUAAAGGCAGAGGGAGCUUUCAAUCUGAUUCCUCUAAAAGAAGCUGAAAUAAAGCCAUCGGAGCCAGUUAGGAGGG